GGCGCAGCCCCGGCCCGGCGCGCGCGGGGGGGAGGAGCUGCGGCGGCCGCGGCCACGGCCACUCGGGCAGGUCGGCGGCGCCGCGGGAACCCGCCGACGGCGCGGACUGCUGGUCCCCGCGCGCAAGAGGCGCGGGCGGCCCUGGGGCCAUGGAGCCUGGUGACGCGGCGCGCCUCGGCCGGGGCCGGGCGGCCCGGGCGCUGCCACCGCGGCUGCUGCUGCUGCCGCUGCUGCUGCCGCUGCUGCUGGGUCGGGGGCUGCGCGCCGCGGCCUCGGCCUCCUCCUCUGGGGCGGCGGCCGAGGACAGCAGCGCCAUGGAGGAGCUCGCCACUGAGAAGGAGGCGGAGGAGAGCCACCGGCAAGACAGCGUGAGCCUGCUCACCUUCAUCCUGCUGCUCACGCUCACCAUCCUCACCAUCUGGCUCUUCAAGCACCGCCGGGUGCGCUUCCUGCACGAGACCGGGCUGGCCAUGAUCUACGGGCUCAUCGUGGGCGUGAUCCUGAGGUAUGGCACCCCCGCCACCGGUGGUCAUGACAAGUCAGUAAGCUGUACUCAGGAAGACAGGGCCUUCAGCACCUUAUUAGUGAACGUCAGUGGGAAGUUCUUCGAAUACACCCUGAAAGGAGAAAUCGGCCCUGGCAAGAUCAACAGCGUAGAGCAGAAUGACAUAUUGAGGAAGGUAACGUUUGAUCCAGAGGUCUUUUUCAACAUUCUCCUGCCUCCGAUUAUUUUCCAUGCCGGCUACAGUUUAAAGAAGAGACACUUUUUCAGAAAUCUCGGGUCUAUUCUGGCUUACGCUUUCUUGGGGACUGCCGUUUCCUGCUUCAUUAUUGGGAAUCUCAUGUACGGUGUAGUGAAGCUCAUGAAGGUCGUGGGGCAGCUCUCGGAUAAGUUUUACUACACAGACUGUCUCUUUUUCGGAGCCAUCAUCUCUGCCACUGACCCAGUGACCGUACUGGCGAUAUUUAACGAACUGCACGCAGACGUGGACCUCUACGCACUCCUGUUUGGAGAAAGCGUCCUGAAUGAUGCUGUUGCCAUCGUCCUGUCCUCGUCUAUCGUUGCCUACCAGCCAGCGGGGCUGAAUACUCAUGCCUUUGAUGCUGCUGCCUUUUUUAAAUCAGUGGGCAUCUUCCUAGGUAUAUUCAGUGGCUCUUUUACCAUGGGAGCCGUAACUGGCGUCGUGACGGCUCUAGUGACCAAGUUCACCAAGCUGCACUGCUUCCCCCUCCUGGAGACGGCACUCUUCUUCCUGAUGUCCUGGAGCACGUUCCUUUUGGCGGAAGCCUGUGGCUUUACAGGCGUUGUGGCUGUCCUUUUCUGUGGCAUCACGCAGGCUCAUUACACCUACAACAAUCUGUCGGUGGAAUCAAGAAGUCGAACGAAGCAGCUCUUUGAGGUGUUACACUUCCUGGCAGAGAACUUCAUCUUCUCCUACAUGGGCCUGGCUCUCUUUACCUUCCAGAAGCAUGUCUUCAGCCCCGUUUUCAUCAUUGGAGCUUUUGUUGCCAUCUUCCUGGGCCGAGCUGCACACAUCUACCCGCUCUCCUUCUUCCUCAACUUGGGCAGAAGGCAUAAGAUUGGCUGGAACUUUCAACACAUGAUGAUGUUUUCAGGCCUCAGGGGCGCGAUGGCAUUUGCGCUGGCCAUCCGCGACACGGCAUCCUAUGCUCGCCAGAUGAUGUUUACGACCACCCUCCUCAUCGUCUUCUUCACUGUCUGGAUCAUUGGCGGAGGCACGACACCCAUGCUGUCGUGGCUUAACAUAAGAGUUGGCGUCGAGGAGCCCUCCGAAGAGGACCAGAACGAACGCCGCUCACAGUACUUCAGAGUCGGUGUUGACCCCGAUCAAGACCCACCACCCAACAACGACAGCUUUCAAGUCUUACAAGGGGAUGGUCCGGAUUCUGCCAGAGGGAACCGGACGAAGCAGGAGAGUGCGUGGCUCUUCAGGCUGUGGUACAGCUUUGACCACAAUUACUUGAAGCCCAUCCUCACACACACCGGCCCCCCCUUAACCACCACGCUGCCCGCCUGGUGUGGCCUGCUCGCUCGGUGUCUGACCAGUCCCCAGGUGUACGACAACCAAGAGCCGCUGAGAGAGGAAGACUCCGACUUCAUCCUGACCGAGGGCGACCUCACCUUGACCUACGGGGACAGCACAGUGACUGCAAACGGCUCCUCAGGCUCCCACACGGCCUCCACGAGCCUUGAGGGCAGUCGGAGAACCAAGAGCAGCUCCGAGGAGGUGCUGGACCGAGCCCUGGGGAUGGGAGACCAGCCGGUUUCGAGCCGGGGCACGCGCCUAGUGUUCCCCCUGGAGGACAGUGCAUGACUCCCCCCUCCCCCCACCCCAGAGCCCGCAGCGAUGAGGGGCAGGGUGAGGAC